GUAAAUAUUGUUUUAUUCAAUAUAUAGUCAUCCAAGGGGGAGUGUUAUGAUAAUAUCUAUUGUGGAUGACUAUUAUCCCAUAUACAAUCUAGAAUACUCUAGAGUUGGGUAUUUGGUCUUAUUCGUUGAUGGAACUCUAGGUAAUGUACAUGUAUAUAUAUCCCGUACUAGAUGAAAUAUGAAAUAUAACGUAACAAUUUUCCCUCAUUUCUGUAUAUUUUUCUCUUCCAUAUUUAACACAAAUUACAUUCCUUUAUUUUUAAAUCGACCAUUAGUAAAUGGGCCCCUUAUUACUAAUUGAAUUAUAUUUGUUUUUUCCUACGAAAUUAGUGAUUUCAUUUAUAAAUGUACAUUGCAUGGGUACUAUGCUAGUCUUAGAUCAAUGUGUAGUCCUUUUUUUUUUUUUUUUUAAGUUAUUGUAUUUUUUAAAACAAAGAAACAGUUAGCUGGGAAAGAGUUAACUCCAAUGUUAACUCUCAUACUUACUUCUUCCAACCAAACUCACUCACAUUCUUCCUCCAAUGGACUGAUUAAUGUACCAGUCUUCUUUCUGCCUUUCUCUCUCUCUUUCCAGAGUUUUCUCUUUAGAUACUUCAACAACUAAUUCCUCUGUUUAACACUACAUACCCAAAAUGGGACCAUCUGUUAGUUUAGAAUCAAUAUUGUAUAGAUCUCUAAGUUAGCAUCAUUUUUUUCACUAAUCACAGUAAUCAGUCACUUUAGAUAGUGAUUGCUUCUUCCAUACUGAAUACUCCCAAAACUACCCAAUUCAAACUUCGCCUCCAAAUGUUUUUUCCAAGAUCUUUGUCGACGUCGUCGAAAACCCUUGUAUCGACUCGACAAAUAAAAGGAAACAAAAUUUAUACCAAAAAUAACCCAAUAAUAGUCAAAUAGAUCUACCCUCAUUAACAAACUAAUUUUAUUCAGUUUUUUCCAAAAAAUAAUAAUGUCACUCGCUGUCGUCUUUCUGUGUAUGAUCUCCUUCCUGAGUUCUUCAAUGGCGCAGAAUAAUGAUGCGAAAACUUUAUUAACAUUGAAAGGUGAAAUUGAUCCACUAAAUAACCUUCCAUGGAAGCAGGGCUCCGACCCCUGCACAUGGGAAGGUGUAAGGGAAUGCAAGAGAGGUCGAGUUUUGAAGCUCGUAGUCGAAAGCAGCGCCUUCAGUGGCACCAUUAACGGCGCAACACUCUCACUUCUUGACCAGCUCCGCGUCCUCAGUCUGAAGUCAAACAACUUAACCGGUCAAAUCCCAGACAUGUCAAAACUAGUGAAUCUCAAAGUGCUCUACCUCAACCUCAACCAAUUUACGGGACCAUUCCCGGCGUCUCUGACAUCUCUGCACAGGCUGAAGAUAAUUAAUCUGUCGGAUAAUAAUCUAUCUGGGGGGAUCCCGGGAUUGAUUACUCAGUUGCCAAGGCUGUAUAUGUUGUAUUUGGAUAAAAAUAACUUCAGUGGCGAAAUCCCACCAUUAAAUCAAACAACCCUUGAAUUCUUCAAUGUGUCAAAUAAUCGUCUUUCGGGAGAAAUCCCAAAGACAACAGCGUUGUUACAGUUCAAUAAAUCAUCCUUUCUAAACAAUAUAAACCUCUGCGGAACACAGAUUGGUAACAGCAAUGCAAGGUGUAACCCUCUUUCGCCAGCUUUAAGCCCGUCAUUGUCACUUCCUCCAUUGAAGCAUCACCAUCGCCAUCACCACCGCCUAUCUCGUCGUGCAAAAAUUCUCAUUGGAGCACUGUGCGGCGGAACUGCCCUCAUAAUACUCAUCUUCAUACUGACAGUCCUCCUGUGUAGAAAGUGGAACAGGAGAGCCAUACCGAACAGGAAGGAAUCACAAGCGGAAGAUCAAGCCGUAGCAGCAGUAGCGGCGACAGCGGAGAGGGAAAAGGGGGAGCCAUCGGGUGGCGGAGGAGAGAGAAAAGGAGGGUUUUCAUGGGAGGGUGAUAAGUUAGGGAAGCUAGUGUUUCUAGGUGAUCAAGUGUUGAGUUACAAUUUAGAUGAUUUGUUGAAAGCGUCGGCAGAAACGUUAGGAAGAGGUACAAUAGGAAGUACAUAUAAAGCGGUGAUGGAAUCAGGUUAUAUUGUGACUGUUAAAAGAUUGAAAGAUGCAAGAUACCCUAAAUUGGAGGAAUUCAAGGAACAACUGGAGGUUUUAGGGAAAUUGAAUAAUCCAAAUAUUGUUCCUUUAAGAGCUUAUUUUCAGGCUAAAGAAGAACGUUUGUUGGUUUAUGAUUAUUUUCCUAACGGAAGUCUCUUCUCCCUUGUUCACGGUAAUAGACCUUCUGGAGGUGGAAAGCCAUUACAUUGGACAUCUUGCCUCAAAAUCGCUGAGGACCUGGCAACCGGGCUUCUUUACAUACAUCAAAACUUUGAACUUGUCCACGGGAACUUGAAAUCCUCAAAUGUCCUCCUUGGAUCAGACUUUGAGUCUUGCCUGACAGAUUAUGGACUCCAAUCAUUCAGAAAUCCAGAGUCCACGGAAGAACCUAGUGCCUCAUCCCUUUUCUACAGAGCUCCUGAAUGCAGAGACAGCAGAAGAUUGCCAACACAGCAAGCCGAUGUAUACAGCUUUGGCGUUCUACUACUAGAACUGAUGACAGGCAAAACCCCAUAUCAAGACCUCGUUCAAGAGCAUGGGGCCGACAUUCCUAAAUGGGUUAGGUCCGUGAGAGAAGAGGAGACCGAGUCUGGUGAAGGUAGUUCAGGAAAUGAGACAUCCGAGGAGAAAUUGAGUGCUCUUUUAACUAUUGCAAUGACUUGUGUUGCUGUUAAUCCUGAUAGUCGACCUCAAAUGAAAGAGAUUUUAAGGAUGAUAAGAGAUACUAGGGCAGAAGCACAUGUAUCAUCGAAUAACAGCAGUGACCAUUCACCGGGAAGAUGGUCUGACACUGUUCAGAGCUUGCCAAGGGAAGAACAUCUGAGUAUUUGAGGAUUUGAUCAGUAUUGUCUCACAAAAUUGAUCUAUUAUGAUUUUGUUUAGAAAAUCAUAUUCUUCAGUUAUGGUCAGAGUUUUUGGAUGUAAAGCUUUCUUUUGGUUCUUUGUAGGUAAUUAUCUUUGUUCAUCCCCUUUUAGGUUAGCUACUUCGUGCUGAUGCUGAUUGAAUUGAAAAGGUGCUAUAUCAGAAUCACUCCAUUUCUAAAUGAAGAAUGUUCGCUGCGUACCUGAAAAUUAUGGGCUGAAUUAUGUACUCAGAAUUGUUUUUUGUUUAGCAUUGCCUACGUAAUUUGUUACACUGGUUUGGUGUUUGAGCAAGAUUACGAGUACAUAUUAUAUUUUCCCGGCUAUUAGCCCUGUUAAACAUAAAAUAUAUAGUGCUAUAAGAUAGGAUGAUUAUAACA